CCCCCUUUAGAUUUCGAUUACUGUUUAGUUUCCGACCGGUGGACCAUCGGACUGCUCGUUUCUGUCAGUGAAAAUACGUCGGAACACUUUUGCCGAACGAAUUCCUCGAUAUCUUCGAGGAUUCCACUCGGAAUUAACGAUUUCAGAAAUCUUUAAAUCGACCAAACUAAAUUAUACCUCUGACCAGACUAAAAUUCAAACGAGUAAAUAAAAUUACCUGAGUGAUAUCAAUUAUUCUAAAUUAGUGCCAUCAGUGGUAAAAAAUAUGAAAUUCAAGUAAAAUAAUUGUAACUCGAGUUGCAGAGAAAUGUUUUAAGUGAAAUAAAAUCAUUCUACAAUUCUACAUAGAAUAUUCGAAAUUCAAGUGGAAGAAUUGCGAGUAGGAUUCAAUUUUUAAGAUGGGAGAGCUGAUUUCUUAAUAUUAAUUAGGCUGCUUCAAGUUUUCAUUCGAAGAUGAAGGCGCAGGUUGAUCGCCAAAUACUGAUGGUAUUGGUGUGUUUGGUAAAAGCGAGCUUCGCAGUGGAGAAGUUUUGGCUACCGAACUCGGAAUGGCAAACCGCGAGGAAUUGGAUGGACAACCGGAUACCGGAAGUCGGUAGCCACGUGAUUUUCCCGUUGGAAACCAGACACGCUGUCGGCAUGGGGAUAUCGGAGAAUGUUCAACUCGCUGGGAUCGAAUUGGGCAGAUCUGGAUCGUUGGUUCUGCCUAGAGACGGCACUAUUCGCAUCAACGAUGAAGGCACCUCGUCGAAGGUCAGUCAAUGGGUCAAAGAAGGCUACUUCUUUUGGGCUGACCCUCAGAACUGGAAUGGCAGCUCGGAGGCAGCUCCCCAUCUUGAACAAGUCCCUUGUCGACAGGACGACAUUGUCUUGCCAGGCAGACGACAUACGUUCAGCGUUCUUCUGCCAAUGAAGAAGAUCGAGGUGAAAUCAAUUAAAAUAGCGGGUGCGAAGCACACAUUGUGGAUGUGGCAGUGGAUGGAGCUGGAGGACAGAAGAGAGUUUGCUAAAGGAAUAUUCACUGUGGGGUAUUCUGAAUACAGUUGCGACACGUGUCCGUGUCAAAACGAUCCAGAUGGCUACUAUCUGGAGGAAAUCUGCGCGAUUCAGCGACCCAGAUGUGGCUUCACUCAAUGCGAAUAUCCAUUGACGGUGGAAGGACAUUGUUGCCGGUACUGCGGCGGACGUUUGUCUUUGUCGAGCAAAGCGUCUUUGUCGUUGGUUCGAGCGGCAGCCAGCGAGGCUCUUGAGGGAUACGAAGAAAGGGUUGCCUGGCACGUGAGACGUAGCUGGAACGGGGCGGUCGAGGUACUGAUAAAGGAAAAGGGCGAUUAUUUCGGAAUCGAUAUCCUGAAAGCGGUGGAGAACAUGAAGAAGACCUUGCUAAGUAUGAACAUCGAGGUGAUCUACACGGAAACCGCAGGCGCAGCGAUGCGAGAUCAUCGACUGCUCGUCGCGUUUGUGCCGUUGCUGGUGACGCCAUUGGUCAUUCUGAUGCUCCUUUUCUUUGGCUCCGUGUACGUUGGAUACUCUUACAGAUUCAUUUUCUCGAGCUGCGGGGAAAUGUUCUCGUCGAUUCGCGAUGGGAUUCGCGCGGACAAGCCUUCCGAGGGCAGCAAACCGUUCAGCUUCGCUCGUUUCGAGAAUGUACCGGAGGGCAGCGUGCAAAUCGCCGAUGUGGCCGAUGGCGAGCAGAGAACCAGAAACGAGGCGGAGGAUUCCGACGAAGCUUCCGGCGGAAGAUUCGAAAAUCCUUUGUACAGGUCGAAGAGGAAACGGAAAGAGGAGGGCGUGGUGUUGGACAUGAACUCACCUCUCAGUAUGUCCACGCUCAAGGAUAAAGCGGAGGAUCUCAUCGAGGAAGUGAACCUGGAUAUCGACCAGUGAUGCAGAAUCAUUUUGAGAAUGACCUUUGCUGCAGCUGAUAAUAUGUUAAGAUUCAAUAUUAUAUAUUCUGUGUGGGAAAUAGAAUAAAUCUUCAAAGAUUAUUAUUAAAGAAUAA